AUGUCUACCGAUUACGAGUUCCAGGGCUGGCUCGGUCACUCCCCCGAUGCCGUCAACGGCAAGAUGGAAUGGGGUCCCUUUGAGCCCAAGAAGUGGGAGGAAGACGACGUCGACAUCCAAAUCACCCACUGCGGCAUCUGCGGCUCCGAUCUCCAUAUGCUGCGAUCCGGAUGGGGAGAGACACCUUAUCCCUGCUGCGUCGGCCACGAGAUUGUCGGCAAGGCCGUCCGCGUCGGCAGCAAUGUCAAGGACAUCAAAGUCGGAGACCGUGUCGGUGUGGGUGCUCAGGCACGAAGCUGUCUUCGGGAUGACUGCCCUGCGUGUUCCGCGGGACUCACCAACUACUGCAAGAACAGCAUCAACACUUACGGUUCCAUCUACCCCGGUGACGUGGGCAAGUCGUAUGGUGGAUACGCAGACUAUAACCGCACAGACUCGCGUUUUGUCGUAAAGAUUCCUGAUGGUCUUGCAUCCGAGGACGCCGCUCCCAUGCUUUGCGGCGGUGUCACCGUCUACACUCCUCUCCGCAACAACGGCUGCGGCCCCGGCAAGACAGUCGGAAUCGUCGGUGUCGGCGGUCUCGGCCACUUCGGCGUCCUCUUCGCCAAGGCCCUCGGCGCAGACAAGGUCAUCGGUAUCUCUCGCCGGGCAUCCAAGAGAGACGAGGUCCUAGCCCUUGGAGCCGAUGAGUACAUCGCCACUGAAGACGACGAGGACUGGGCAACAAAGCACGCCCAAUCCAUCGACCUCAUCAUCAGCACCGUCUCCAGCCCCAAGAUGCCCCUCACCCAGUACCUGGGCCUCCUCCGCUACGGCGGCGACUUCAUCCAGGUCGGAGCUCCCGACGGCGGCGAGCUUCCCCCCAUCAACGCCUUCACCCUGCUCUCUGGCGGUUUCAAGGUCGGCGGCAGCGCCAUCGGAUCCCCUAGCGAUAUUAAGGAGAUGCUGCAGCUGGCCGUUGACAAGAAGAUCAAGCCGUGGGUGGAGAAGCGAUCGCUAAAGGAUGCCAACCAGGCGGUCAAGGAUAUGGAGGCCGGCAAGGCUCGGUAUCGAUAUGUCCUCGUUAACGAGAAGCACGCUGAGCAAUAG